AAGUUUAUAAUGCAAUUAUUGUUUUUAGUUUUUAAUAUUUUAUUUAUUUUUACUUUAAUAACUACAACUGAAAGUGAAACUAACAAGAAUGUUAUGAAAUACUUUUUACGAGAUAAAUUUAUAUAUUAUAUUGAAAUCGAAUCGAAUUUUACAUCCAAUGAAACUCAGCAUUUUUGUCGCCAGAAAGAUAUGAUGUACACCAUUAAUAAAUCGGAAGUAGAUGAUUUAUUUACACAGAUUCAAGAAAUUUAUGAUAUAUCAUCCUCACUAUGGACGUACGACAAUCAAAAAUAUCAGCAACUUAAUUCAUUAAAAUCUAACUCAUGUUUUAAAUUAACGGCCGACGAUCUGUUUAGUGAGGAAAAUUGCUUGAUCCGCUUGGGUUUUAUAUGUAAAAGACGUUUUGACGGCGCUACUUUACGCUAUAAAAAUGCAUAAUUGGUAUACAGCUUUGAGUUUGUGUAAUGACAAGGGUAUGGAUAUGUUGUUGAAGGACAAAUAUGAAUUAGCUGCCCUAAUAACUAAAAACUAUGGUAACAAUGCAGAAUAUUGGGUUAAUGGAGGCAUCAUACGUAAUAAUUUAUGCAGUUAUUUUAAAUAUUCCUCAAUCCAACAAUCUAAAUGUUCAGAACCGAAAGGUGUUAUUUGUGAAUCUGCAAUUACCGGUGGUACAGUGCGCUUUAAGAAUGGUACAGAACAAACAUUUGGUCUUGAAAUUCCGCAAAAUUGUAAACUUUAUACGGAUAUACUAUAUGAUGAUAUUUUAGAUUUUUGUAUUAUCCAUUAUAAACAUAAUAAGUUAUGAAUUUAAAUGUAAAGUGGUCAAUGGAUAUUGGACACUAAUAAUAUUUAACAAGUAAGAAAUUGUAGUUGGGCAUGGCUUCUGUUA